AUUGCCGCGUGCGGUUUUGUUUAUAAAUACAAUUGGACCAAUUGGCGAAAUCCCCAGUUGAAACCGUAUUGACAACUGAAGCAAUAAUAUCCAAAAUAGCUAUUCAGGAUGCCCGUGGUUGAGGGCAGCGAUUUGGUGCAGCUGCAGCGUCGACGUCAGCAGGUGCGCAACAUCUGCAUCCUGGCUCAUGUGGAUCAUGGAAAGACCACUUUGGCGGAUUCCCUGGUGGCCAGCAAUGGCAUUAUUUCACAACGGAUGGCGGGCAAGCUGCGCUACCUGGACAAUCGGGCGGAUGAGCAAGAGCGAGGCAUCACGAUGAAGAGCAGCAGUAUUUCAUUGUACUAUCAGGAAGCGGAGGAUAUUGCUGGUAAUCCAGACUACCUUAUCAAUCUCAUCGAUUCUCCUGGUCACGUGGACUUUUCCAGUGAGGUUUCCACAGCGGUGCGACUAUGUGAUGGUGCCAUUGUUGUGGUGGAUGUGGUGGAGGGCGUAGGUCCCCAAACUCGAGCUUGCUUAAAACAAAUCUACGAGGAGCAACUGAAACCCGUCUUGGUUCUCAACAAACUAGACCGUCUGAUCCUGGAGAAGCAGAUGGAUCCCCUCGAUGCCUACUUUCAUUUAACACAAGUCCUGGAACAAGUUAACGCCGUCUUGGGCAGCAUUUUUGCUUCCGAUAUUUUGGCCAAGGAGGAUAUAACAAAGAAAGAUAAUUACGAGUCUGCCUUGGAGGAAGUGGACGACUCCGAAUUGUAUUUUUCACCCAGCUCUGGCAAUGUGAUCUUUUGCUCCGCCUAUGACGGCUGGGCCUUCUCCGUUCGGAACUUCGCAGCCAUGUACGCAAAGCGUUUGGAGAUGAAGCGGACUGAUUUGGAGCAAGUCCUGUGGGGUGACUUUUACUACAACUCGAAGAAGAAAGAAGCUUUACCGGGAGCCCAGGAGAAGGCCAAGAAACCCAUGUUUGUUCAAUUUGUGCUGGAAAACAUCUGGAGCCUCUAUGACAUCAUAGCCGUUAGGAAGGAUAAGGAUAAACUACCAGGCAUAGCGGAGAAAUUGGGUCUCAAAUUGGCCGCUCGAGAUUUGCGUCUUACAGAUCCCAAGCUGCAGAUCAAGGCGGUUCUUGGACAAUGGCUACCCAUUGAUAAGAGUGUCCUACACAUGGUUGUUGAGCAUGUUCCACCGCCUCACAAAAUCACCGAGGAGAGGGCCCAACGAUUGCUGUAUCCAGCGAAUGUGGAUUUAAGUUCUCUGCCAGCGGAAACCCUGAAACUCAAGGACAGUUUUACCGGUUGCGAUGCCGAUAGUUCAAAUGUCAUAGCGUUUGUGUCCAAGAUGACGCCAGUACAUGUAACGCAAUUGCCCCAAAACAGACCCAAGAGGCUAACGGAUCAGGAAGUCCAGCAACGCAGGGAUGAAGUGCGUCGUCGGAUUGAAGAAAGGAAACUGCAAAGUGAACAAGCGGAGCUCGAGAAGAUCAGCCAAGGGGUGGAGCAGCUGAGCACCCAGGUGGAGGUCGCGAAAAAGGAGGAACCUGAGCCGGAACAGGGCGAAGCUAAUGAGUUUGUUUUUAUAGCCUUCGCCAGGGUCUUCAGCGGCACCUUGAAACGAGGCAUGGAGUUGUUUAAUCUCUCUCCCAAACAUGAUCCUCGACAGCCAACGCAUCGUAAGGAGGAUGAAGCAACCUACGCCAGUCGUGUGACCAUCGGUGAUCUCUACAUGUUUAUGGGAGGUGAACUGCAACUAUUGGAUGAAGUGCCUGCCGGAAAUAUCGUGGGAAUCGGUGGCUUGGAAUCGCACAUCGUCAAAACAGCUACCCUCAGUAGCAGUUUGGAUUGCACCUCGUUCAGUGAAUUAAGUAUCAUGGCCACUCCUAUUCUCCGCGUGGCCAUCGAACCAGUUCAACCGCAAGAUAUGCCGAAGUUGGUAAAGGGAUUGAAGCUGUUGAACCAAGCAGAUGCCUGUGUCCAGGUGUCUGUGGCUCCUACGGGUGAGCAUGUAAUCACUACUUUGGGCGAAGUACAUGUAGAGAAGUGUGUCCACGAUCUGGAGCAGAGCUAUGCCAAGAUCAAGGUGAAUGUGUCCAAACCGAUUGUAUCCUUCCGGGAAACGAUUGUUCCCGCUGCCACGGUCGAUAUGGUUAAUGAGGCUAUUGUGAAGACGGCAGAAGACAAGGAUGUCAGCAAGAAGAUCGCCAUCCAGCAGACGCUUAACAAGCUAGGAACUCUGAAGGUGAUAGCAGUGCCUAUGCCUGCAGAAGCUGUAGAAUUGCUGGAAAAGCAUUCGGAAUUCUUUAAGGAACUCGCUGCCAUCCCCCGAAAUCAACUACUCUCAGAAAAAUGGACUACCCUGCUGGCCGCCAUCAAAGUAAAACUAAUCGCUGCUCUCCAGGAUCUACAGCUAUUUGGAUUAAGUAACCUGUCCACCGAAGAGCUUGUGAAUCGAGUCUGGGCUUUGGGUCCUCGGAACUGUGGUACCAAUAUUCUGCUCAAUCUUACCGAUUACGAGCAGCCUGAUUUCUGGUCAAGUCAUGCCAAGUCGGAUACAGAUAUACGUUCCAAGACAGAUCCGCGAAAGGAUUUCAAUAGUUCGCUGGUGAAUGGUUUCCAACUGACCUCUGUGGCUGGUCCAUUGUGCGAGGAACCCAUGCAGGGCGUUUGUUUUGCGGUACUCGAAUGGUCUAUUCAAGCUGAAGGAGAGGAUUUGAACUCCCGAGGUCCCUUUUCGGGUCAGGUUUUGACUGCUGCCAAGGAGGUUUGUCGUCAGGCUUUCCAAAAUCAGCCCCAGAGAUUAGUCACACCCAUGUAUAGCUGUAAUAUUGUGGUCAAUGCUGAAAUGUUAGGUAAAAUGUACGCGGUAAUUGGCCGGCGGCACGGCAAAAUUCUCUCCGGCGAUUUGACCCACGGCAGCGGCAACUUCGCGGUCACCUGUCUUCUGCCGGUGAUCGAGUCGUUCAACUUCGCCCAGGAGAUGCGAAAGCAGACAUCUGGCCUGGCCUGUCCGCAGCUCAUGUUCAGCCACUGGGAGGUGAUUGAUAUCGAUCCCUUCUGGCUGCCGACCACUGAGGAGGAGCUGAUGCACUUUGGCGAGAAGGCGGACUCCGCCAACAGGGCCAAGGUCUACAUGGACAGUGUCCGGCGGAGGAAGGGUCUCUUUGUGGACGAGCAGGUGGUGGAGCAUGCGGAGAAGCAGCGCACUCUAUCCAAGAACAAAUGAUUCGGAAGGAACUUCGGCUUUUGAAGUCUUUCCUGCUUAACUCCCCGAAUUGGAUAUAAUAAAACAUGCUGGUGAAUGACAUAUAUUUUUCUAUUAUGACAAUUAUUUAGUAUACAAAUAAAAUGUUACAAAUUUUGUA